GGCAAUGUGAAAGCACACCCCGCCUCACACAUCUUUAACCGAGUAAAAAGAUGACUGCAGCGUCUAAAGACGACGACAUCAUGUCUGUGCUAAAUUAUAGUAACGGUUUCUCAGGAGUCGAUGGUUUACACAGUAACAAAAGCAUAUGCACGAUACAACCCGAAGAAAGACAUGAAACCAUCUUGCCCUGGCUCUAUCUCUCUUUGGUUCUCGUGGGCAUUCCGACCAAUGGCAUAGUUUUGCUGGACCUUUGGAGAUCAGAGAGGACGCCCACUGUCAUCUUCACUUUAAACCUCGUUGUGUCAGACCUGAUGUCCUGCUGCAGUUUUAUUUUCAGAACAGCGUAUUAUAAAGAGAAUGUAAAAUGGCCGUUGGGAUCUUCAGUCUGCAACGCAGUAGAGUUCAUCAUGUUCUCCUGCUUCUACAUUAACCUCUAUUGCAACAUGUGCUUUCUUCUGUGGAUCAGCAUCAAUCGCUAUGCCACUGUGGUCAAACCAGGCUGUGCCUUAUUUUGGAUCUUUAAACAUACGCAGCCUUGUUGGAUCAUUUGCUUUUUGACCUGGUUGGUUAUAACCAUAAUUGUCAGUGCUUGCAUGCUGGCUAAACUACACAUCACAAAUAACCUUCGAAUGACAAACAGUACUUGCUUUGACCAGGUUGUCAACAUUUCCUAUCUAUACACGCAAACAUUUAAAUCGGUCCACUGCCUAGGUGUUGCAGGAUUCUUUUUCAUUUUGUGCCUGAUGUUGGUCAUUUACAGCCGGCUGGUCAUUCACUUGCAGCAGGUGAGGGGAGGAAGUCUGAUUAGUGCUGGAUUUGGGCCUGGGGGUGGUCUGAAGGUUCGAAGGAAGAUUUUUGCUUCUGUCAUAUUGUUUGUGCUUUGCUUCUUACCAUAUCAUGUACAGAGGAUUAUUCUAAUAAGUUCUAACGGUAGAGACUGUCAAACACAAUUUAAGAUUAAAACGGGCACCAUUUUUGUAGCAGCUCUCAGCUGCUGCCUACAACCUGUCCUGCAACUGAUGUUGCGUUUACGCUGCUGUCGAGCCGAGCGCAAUGCCAGGGCCAAACCCAAACCUGAUAUCUCCAAAAGUUGUGAAACACCUCAAAUAAAUACCGUUAACCUAUCAGAACACAAUGAUGAAGGCAAAACUGAAAAUCCGAGGAACAAAGAGAGACAAUUAAGCAACCAAUCGACACAAUGAGGAUAAAGAAUCCUGUGUUGGAUUUUCUAUGCAAUAACUUAAAACUAUUUAGUUGCAAGCAGCAAAUUGCAAAAUCAUCUUCCUGCUGAACUCGACUUAGAUGAUCAAAAAAAUAACAACAUCACUUUCUUUUGCCACUUUCAGUCUUGGGAUUGUGUUGGUCAAUGGAUAAAAAGGCAUGAAUCUGAAAACCAAAUUUGCUUGCUGUCAGCCUUAAUACUGUAAAUUAGUUACGUUUACAUGCAACUAAAUAAUGAGUUUGUAAUCGGAUUGAUGGCUCAAUCGGAUUGAAAAGCCUUCAUGUAAAACACCUUAAACGUUUAGAUUAAGAUCGAACAGAUGCCAAUUUCACUGGUAUUGAAAGGGGUGGUGUAGCCUAAUCUGUGAUCCGAUCAUCUGGACAAAAGUAUGCAUGUAAAAGCAUAGUAUUUUCUCAAUCGGACGCAAAAAAUACCUUGUGCACAUGCGCAAAAGAAUUGUGUUCACAUAUUAUACUUCCCUCAUAUUUACAUAUGACCUGAUUCUCGUCACAGAAACAUACAAAAGCAAGGCGAUGGCAACAUGCAUUAUUACCGUAAUGGGGUCACGUGCUGUACAUUCUGCAGUGUUUAUGUCUUUCAUAAAAUUACAUAAAUAAGCAAUAAAAUAGCAUUGUGCCUUUUAAAAAGUGGGUUUUCUGAAAACGUCUUAAAGAGAUAGUUCGGCCAAAAAAUGAUAUUAAACCCA